UCUUUUCAUAUCUUUUCAUUCAUGAGCGUUGACGUUGAGGCGUUGAGUGUACACUAAUCGUGGUGAAAGAUAUUGAAUAUGCGAGAAAUCCUUUACGUUCAGGCCGGAAACUUGGCUAAUUACAUUGGCACACACUUCUGGAAUACUCAGGAGAGCUAUUUUACCUACUCAGAUCAUGAAGAAACUCUCUUCAAUCACGACGUUUCUUUCAGAGAAGGUGAAACGCCCCAGGGAGAUCCUACGUAUUGCCCAAGACUGAUAUCCUUCGACCGUAAAGCCAAUUUCGGAGCUCUCUCUAAAACAAAUACAUUUUACGAGAACGAUGAUAUUGAAGAUUCCCAGCUGUGGCAGGGAGAGGUCGCUGAAUACGAACAUGUGCCUAUAGAACCACAUGCCUACCAAACACACCUCCUUCAGAGCGACCGCGAGUCUACCUUCUCUGCACUAGAUUCCGUCCACGGCAUCAGGUAUUGGUCUGAUUUCAACCGUGUGUUCUAUAUUCCUCGGACAAUCCAAAUGCUCCCGGAUGUUCCAGACUGGCAGCAAUCUGAAGGGGAUUGGGCUUUUGGUCAAGAGUCGUUCCAGCGAUACAACGAAGAGACAGAGCUGAUGGAAAGUUCUGUUCGUUUAUUCAUAGAGGAAUGUGAUUCAUUCCAGGGUCUACAAUUGAUGAGUGACACUUCAACUUUUGGAUCUUUUUCGACCUCGUUUCUCAUGGCGUUCAAUGACGAAUUUUCGAGGGCGCCCUGCUUAUCCUUUCCGCUGAUGGGGGAUGCCGUACCGCGGAACGUCAAUGUGGAAAAUGCGGUGCUCACAAGGAAAAUUGUCAACGACGCUGUCUACCUGAGAGAGCUAGACAGUUUAUCUCUUUUAACCGUUCCCAUACUAAACCCGAAAACAUGGUCUCAAGAUUAUUGGGACGUAAACCUAAAAAUCAGCGAUGACCACUAUCACAUAUCCUCGAUACUCUCUGCGCACAUUGAGAGCGCGACUCUUCCUCUUCGAUUGAAAGUAAAUAAUGAGGAUAUCUCGAGCAUUUCCGAGAAUCUCAAUUUCCAUGGAACGCAUCGAUUCAGUCAGUUGGCAGGGAUUUUCCCAGUGGCUCCCGGUGCUACGCCACAAGACUUCUUGCGACAGUCAUUCAAUUUUUCAAUUCUUCGAAAUUCCUCGAUGGCAACAGUGAAUUUCGCUCGAAGAGAUGUUACACGAGGGUUUUCUGCCUCAAAUCUUCAAGCCUACAAUUCGUGGUAUUCCCAAGAAGUCAUCAAAGGACCUUUUGUCUCAAGCACGCAUGCACAAGCUUACCCUUUGCCAUCUUCCUUCCCUGACAUCUUUCGCGAUGAGGGGAUCCUCACCAAUCAUAGGCAAACAUUGCACACGGAAAGAAAUCCCGUGCUCCCUUCUGCGUCCUUGUUCACCACUUUGAGUGCAAACAGCAGGACUGCAGAAAUGUUUGCCGACUAUGCAAAAGUCGCGCAGACAUGUGUUGAUCGGCGCAAGAUUGGUAUUUUACCAGGUCUGGUUGAUAGCUUGGACGAUAUCAAGGAACUUGUUAAUGAUCUUUGGACCAUACAUGAUGGUUAUUCAGAGCGUUCUGUGGAUGAAUCAGAUUCUGAUAACUCUUAAUGCAUAUGAAGUCGGGCAUGGCUCCGUUAUGCGUAAUCGUAUAAGCUAUGUAAAGUUCCCAAUUGCUCCCUUUGCUCCCUUGGCGAACAACGCCGUAUCUUACGACUUCGUGCAUGUACACCCGUGUCCCAUUCUUUUCCUCGGUCACUCCGGCUGAUUUGGAUGACCCACUUUCAGCUCGGAUGCAUUGCGGGAUGUUUGCAAAUCGUGCCGCGUUCAAGUUACUUCAGGAACGGGGUCGUUCUGUCCAGGUAAUUCAUGUUAUACCGAGCAAAGUGGCAUUUCGAGGGUUCGUCAAUAGACG